CCGGCCGUCGGGAUAUUCCACCUGGCGAUUCCAUAUGCAGAGAUACCGCUUGUAGACUCGCUCCUCGCCAACGACGGGCAGCUCCUCGCGUGCCUCGAGCAUGGCUUUCUUGUCGAUCAUGGAGAGCAGCGACAUGGCAGUGUUGGGGGGGGGUCGAGAGACGAUAAGGGGAGCGGGAUGAGGAUUGCAGGGCGGCGGUGGCGGAUCAAUGCCGAGCAAUGACCAGGGUUGCUCUGGAUAUCGGGGGUGCAAGCGAGGGGAAGGCGGGCAGCCGCUCCCGCCAAAGAGGACAGAGCCAGUCCGCCGGGGCUCUCAAUCAGCGAAGAAUCCACCAAAUAACCCGUCGUUGCUGCCUCAAGCAUAUCGCCAUCAUGGGCCCCUCUCCAGGGCCGAGAUCCAGCAGGAACGAUCAGCACACACGGAUAUCGAGGGAACAGGUAUGUGUCUGCCCACCGUCCCUGCAUGCGACAUCCAUCGCACCAUCAUCACCCACUCCGCGUGGGAUUCGUGAUCUGCGACGAGUCCGGAAUUACCUCCACGAUGCCUCCCCAUGCAUCGACGAUCAGGCGGGCCGGAUCGCUUUGUGGCUGAACCCCCUGCACAACUUGACAAGUCGUCGCAGCAACAGCCAACCCAGACAAUCACACGGCAUGUCCGAACCUCGGGCGCUCCCACAGCGUUCUGCCAUGUACACCCGCCAGUACUGUUGUCCCAGGAUCGGCUGUCCACAAGAUGAUCGACGGCGCUUCCAUUCCGACAGCCCGAGGCAGACACCACAAAAACCCUCUCCAAGGGCUCGCCGUUGCUUCCUCACACCACUCUUUCUCUCGCUCUCGGCAUCGACCCUGGCUGCGUCUCGGGGCCACCCAAAGACCAAAGACCAAGCAGCGUCUGCCGAGUCGCAUCCAAGUUAUCAAAGGGUCUGAUCUCCAUUGACUUUCAUUGAACUCCAUCGAACUCCGUUGAUCUCCAUUGAUCGGACAACAGCCGUGCUUGCUUUUGUCUUCCUGUCAUCCAACAAAG